AUGAUCCCAAUGUUUACUUACCUAGUUACACCAACUCUUUCAACCUUGCCAGGCCUUAAAGGACAAGCCGCUGUCGCCGAGUCUUUCUGGUCGAAGGAAGAACUUCAGCAUUUUAUGCUGCUUUUUGGGGAUUUCCUUUUGGAUCCCAGCAAAAAAGAUUUAGUUGAGAAAUACUUUCUCGAAAAAAUCAGGGACGAGACAAAUUCGUCCAACCAAAUAAAGAGUCAGGUUUUGGAAACUCCACCAGCAAGUGAUAGGGAGAACUUCAGUAGUUCUGACAGCGAUCUGGACUCGGAUGUUCCCCUUCCACAAGCUCAGAGUCCUCAAUCUGAGCUCAUUGAAUCUUCUGCUGAAGAUUCCUUUUUGGAAAUAGUAGAUGAGACGGUGAAACUCGAUGUGUCACCAAUCGUUGAAGAAUCUACUAAUCAGCACCAGCAGCUCAGCAAGAAUGCAAGAAAGAGAGAGAAGCGCAAACAGAAGAGAGAUCUUAAAAGGCAGCUCAAGAAGGAACGCCAUGAGGAGUAUUUGAAGCAGCCAUUUAAGCUAACUCUGUGUGCAAAGAAGAGAAAAUUGGCACUUGAGAGAAAAAAUCAUGAAGACGAGUUGCUCAGAUGCCAACAGAUCAAAAGCUCUCCCUCUGUGUUCUCUGAGGAAAGUGAGAAAGCUGUGUUGCCCGGAAAUCAUCUACAAGUGUCGGCUUUCUCCUACUGCCACCCUUUGAGAAAGCUUGAUCGCUAUUACAAAGAGAUCAUUUCCCUUUUAGACUUUUACAACUACCACGAGAACCUUCGCCUCGUUCACAAACUUUUGAGUCAAGGCUGUCAGCAAGGGUUCAUGACUCGUGUAAGAAGUCUCGAAUCGACUUUCAUCAUCAACGAGGUCCACGAGGAGAUUGAUGACUUUGAUGACAUAUUGAAUGAAGGGUCUAGCUUGCUUUCUGAUGGAAAAGAUGUCUCAGAGCCAGAAGAGAAAGUGCAAGACGUAGGUGACGCAGAAGAGAAAGUGCAAGAGGCUGCCCAUGACCAAGUACAUAAAGAAGUCGAGUUAAAGAAGGUGCAAGAAGAAGUUGGGCAACAGGAGAAGCCUGCCCAGAAGUCUAGAAAACGGAGGUCGGGAAAGAAGAAGCAAGGAAGCAAAGACUACUCCGCUCAAACACAAACCGCUUCCAAAAUCAGGAAGGAGAAGAAGAGGGAGGCGGAGAGAAAGAAGAGGUUUCCCAAUGCCGGUAAGUCUCAUGUGGUCGUCAGACCUUUUGCUACCAGUGCAGCUAUGAGCAAGCCUCAGCCAGUUGAGAAGUACAUUCUUCAGUAG